CCCGAGAUGGCGCUCCAGGUGCUCGCUGGCGGCGGCGGCGGCGGCUCCUACCAGUGUGUGGCGUGCGAGAGCACGGUGUGUGGGGAAGAGGCCCUCCGACAGCAUCUCGAGUCUGCCCCCCACAGACAUCGAACAAUCCCCCGAGCAGCCAAAAACGCCAAAGAGCACCCCAGUCGAUUACCUCACUCCGCCUGCCUCCCCGACCCAAGCACCGCAUCUACCUCGCAGCCUGCCUCGCGCCCCCAGGACGGCCCUGGCCCCCCGCCCGCCGCCUCUGCCCACGCCUCCCGAAAGCCCUGGCCUCCGGCGGCGCUCCCCCCAGGGAAGCCCCCGCCUCUCUCCUCAUCUUCAACGGUUACCUCAAGCUCAUGCAGCACCUCAGGGGUCCAGCCCUCUCUGAUGCCAAGGAAAGACUGUCCGGAGGAGUCUGAUUUGGAGGCCGGGCGGCCGGCAGAGCCCAGCUGCCCCCAGGACGGCGGCCUCCCCGGCGCGGGUGCAGACGCCUUUCGACUGUAAGCUUUGAAGACAAACCCGUGCAAAAUGAAUCUAGGAAAUAACAGACCAGUUUCAGAAACAGACUAACUGCAAUUCCAAAGCUUCUAACCAAAAAAGAAAAACAAAAGAAGAGAGACGUCCGGGUGGCUUUCCCGCAGGCCGGUGCCG